AUGUACUUUGUUGCACACGAUAUCAUGGGCCGAACGACCAUGGAAGACGAUGGGACAGAAGGCCUCGAUAAUGCUUGGUUGGUAGAUGAUAAUUUGGAAGAGGAAGAUCGAUAUGCUUAUGGGCUGCUCUCGUGGGCUGAUGACCUUGAUCAGCAAGAUCUCGAGCCUCGCUUCGGAGAAAUCAAAGGUGUCCAUGCAACAUAUAAAAAGAUAUCAAAGAGCGGGCCCCUCUCGAUCUCAGAGCUCUCGUAUUUCAACAAUGCCCGUAAUAAACUAGAGUUAGCUCUCCAAGGUGUUCAACAGACCCUCCCAUCUUACGCUAAAGACCGGGAAGACUUGCUACGUGUUGCAGAAGUCAAGCGAUUGACUGCCCUUCUCUACCUGCGACAACGCCUAGGAACUCCACAUAAUUCGUCAAUCCUUAGCCUUGUAAGAGUGGGUCUAUUACCUCGAUACCCCAUAACACACAAUACGAGCCCAACCCACGCAGCUCUCGGCCCGGUGCCGCCAGUUAUGGUUGAGUCUCCCACGCUUGCCUGGAAAGAGAAAUUGGUCACAGAUAUCAUUGCGAUAAUAUCUACUCUGCCUGAUACGGCUACUCUUCUUUGGCCACUGUUUGUCGUCGGUAGUGUCGAUGUCGACAACGAAGAGCAUCGCCGAUUUAUACUAGAAAAACUGCAGAAAAUCCAAAAUUCUCGCAACCUGGGCAAUAUUCGCCGGGCAAGACUCGCCGUGGAGUCUACAUAUCGUGCCAGGGACCUAGAUCACCCUCGGGGAAACGUCUGGGGCCGCGAAGGGCGUGGAAUUAGCCUGGCAUGA